GGCGAGGUCCCACUGACUGCUCCUCCCCAUUGCUCCGUUUUCUUGUCCAUUACGCGCUAUCCCUCCGCCUCUCCUUCUUUCUUUUCUUUUCUUUUUUUUUCCUUCUCCUUUCCCCCCUCCCUCUCUCCCCCUUUCUCCAGCUCCGUGUCAUUUCCUCCUCGCGCUCGCCCGCUGCCCGAGCGUCUCCAGCCGGCAGAGUAGGCGGAGCAGGGCGGUGCGGGGUGGCGUAGCGCUGGAGGGCGAUGGUGGCGGAGCUGCUGGGGGCGGAGGCAACGUAGCCCCCGCGGAAAAGGAGCCCCGCGGCGCCUGAGUCAAGCCGAGGAUGGAGAACCGGCCUGGGUCCUUCCAGUACGUCCCUGUGCAGCUGCAAGGGGGAGCGCCCUGGGGCUUCACCCUUAAGGGGGGUCUGGAACACUGCGAACCGCUCACGGUGUCUAAGAUUGAAGAUGGGGGCAAGGCAGCCUUGUCCCAGAAGAUGAGAACUGGUGAUGAGCUGGUGAAUAUCAAUGGCACUCCAUUGUAUGGCUCCCGCCAGGAGGCCCUCAUCCUCAUCAAAGGCUCCUUCCGGAUCCUCAAGCUGAUUGUCAGGAGGAGAAACACCCCUGUCAGUAGGCCGCACUCAUGGCAUGUGGCCAAGCUGCUGGAGGGAUGCCCUGAAGCGGCCACCACCAUGCAUUUCCCUUCUGAAGCCUUCAGCUUGUCCUGGCAUUCCGGCUGCAACACCAGUGACGUGUGUGUGCAGUGGUGCCCACUCUCCCGCCACUGCAGCACUGAGAAAAGUAGCUCCAUCGGCAGCAUGGAGAGCCUGGAGCAACCAGGCCAAGUUACCUACGAGGGCCACCUCUUGCCCAUAGAUCAGAACAUGUACCCCAACCAGCGCGACUCAGCUUAUAGCUCCUUCUCGGCCAGCUCGAAUGCCUCUGACUGCGCCCUUUCCCUCAGGCCAGAGGAGCCGGGCUCUGCAGAUUGCCUCACGCAAGGCCCCGGGCCAACAAAAGCCCCUAAUGGCCGGCCCAGUGUGGCCGAGACCUCAGGAGGUAGCCGGCGAACCACCGGGGGCCCCCUGACUCCCAGCUCCCAGCUGUCAUCCCGCCUGCAGGAGGCCCACCACUCAGGGCCUGCCAAGGCUGCCAGAGGCCCACCACAGCCUCCAGUGAGGCGAGAUAGUCUGCAGGCCUCCAGAGCCCAGCUCCUCAAUGGAGAGCAGCGCAGGGCAUCUGAGCCUGGGGACUCCUCGCAGCAGAAGGAGAAAGUGAGCUUAGACACCAUGCUAUCCCCAAGGAACCCUAGCAGGUUCUGCUGCCUCAGUGGGCAAGACCAAGUGGCAAAUGAGGGCCAGCAGAACUGUGAGCUCAGCCAAGUUUCUGAAUCCAGCCAGCAGGACUCUGAACAUCUACUGAUGGAGGCCUCAGCCAAAGCUGUAGGAUUCCCAAAAGUGUAUGAUAAAGCUUCCAGCAUAGAUUCCAGCCAGCUCAACGAAGCUUCGGCAGAGCAAGCUAAGACUUCUUCUUUUGGCAGCCCUCCACACCUCACAGGACUCACCGGGCAUCGCCACAGUGCCCCAGAACAGCUGCUGGCAUCCCACUUACAGCAUGUGCACCUUGAUGCCAGGGGCAGCAAGGGCACAGAGCUCCCAGCUGGGCAAGAUGGCCAUGAAUGGACUCUGUCACCUUUGCAUAGCAGCCACACAGGGAAGAUAAGUCCAUGUCCCCCUCCAGGAGGAGCCCAGGACCAGCCCAGCAAAGAAAGAAAGGCCAGGCAACUGGAUGAUAGGCCCUUGGGUUCAGGGCAUCAGAGCCCAAGCAGUUCACCACACAGAGAGGCUGAUGGACACCCUCCAGAGAAAGGUUUCCAGGACCCAAACAGAGCAUGCCGAGCAGGCAUUGACCUAGCCAGCCAGCAGCCCUCUGCCUCUGGCUCCCUUGUUCAACAAGCCAGGGACUGUUCUUCAACCACUAAAGGAGCUGGCAGCACAGAGGCCACUGAAGAAGGGGAGUGUGGCCGGGUGGGUGGUAGACGGAAUGGAGGGCCCCGGGGCCGCUCAAUCCAAAACCGGCGGAAGAGUGAGCGUUUUGCUACCAAUCUGCGUAAUGAAAUCCAGAGGAGGAAGGCCCAGCUCCAGAAAAGCAAGAACACCUUGUCACAGUUGUGUGACACUAAGGAGUCUGUAGAGGAGACUGAGGAGCCCCUAGAAAGUACUCCACUUCCUGCCUCUAACUCAUCUCUUCUGUCCUCAUGUAAAAAACCACCUAGCCCCAGAGAUAAGCUCUUCAACAAGAGCAUGAUCCUCAGGGCUCAGUCUUCAGAGUGCCUCAGCCAAGCCCCAGAGAGCCAUGAAUCAACAGGCUUGGAGGGACAAAUAAGCCCUGCCCAGAGGCCUGGCCAGCCCUCUGUGGGCCUGAACACCUGGUGGAAAGCAUCUGAGCCCUCCUUGUCAGACUCUGAGAAAACAAGUGUUCACCGCAGAGUCCGUGGAGGUCACUGGCGGUGGUCUCCAGAGCACAACCUGCAGCCACAUGUGGCACUAGCCAUGGAAGGCCCUCCUAACCCAGGUGACAGCAAGGAAUUGAAGGCUUCUGCUACCCAAGCUGGGGAGGAAGCCAUCCUCUUGCCCUUUGCAGACAGAAGAAAGUUCUUUGAAGAGAGCAGCAAAUCCUUCUCUGCAUCUCAUUUGCCAGGUUUAACCACUCACAGCAGUAAGACUUUUGCCCAGAGACCAAAACCUAUAGACCAAAACUUCCAGCCAAUGAGCUCCAGCUACAGGGAACUGAGGCGCCAUCCAAUGGACCAGUCCUACCAUUCCGCAGACCAGCCAUAUCGUGCUCCAGAGCAAUCAUAUCAUUCCCUGUCACCCCUUCAGUCAGAAACUCCCACCUACUCUGAAUGUUUUGCAAGCAAAGGUCUAGAACAAUCCAUGUGCUGCAAGCCACUGCACUGCAGUGAUUUUGAGUACCGCAGGACUUGCUCUUACUCCUGCGGCAUCCAGGGAGCCGUAGUCCAUGACCCUUGCAUUUAUUGUCCUGGAGAGCUCUGCCCGGCUCUGCGGAAGAGAAACAUGAUGCCCAACUGCUACAGCUGUCGAUGCCACCACCACCAGUGCAUCCGGUGUGCAGCGUGCUAUCAUAACCCCCAGCACGGUGGCCCUGAGGAUAGCAGCCUGGCGCCUGGCACCACCUGGAAACCCAGGAAGCCCACAGUGCAGGGGAGGGGGGCCUUACUGCACCAUCUAGGACCUCCAAUACACUGUUUCGUAGAAGUGGAAUUUCCUGGGGACAAAUGGAAACCAAUAACAGGAAACAGGAAGACCAGCCAGUUAGGGAGGGAAAUGGCUCAUUCCAAGGCUAGCUUGUCUUGGGCAACACCGUUCCAUCCUUGCCUUGAGAACCCAGCACUGGACUUGUCAAGCUACCGAGCGAUCUCUUCCCUUGACCUUCUCGGAGACUUCAAGCACUCCUCGAAAGAAACAGAGGAAACUUCCGCUUAUGAGGAGGGGAGCUCCAUGGCCUCCAUGCCCCGCCCGCUGCGGAGUCGUGCCUUCUCAGAGAGUCACAUCAGCUUGGAGCCACAGAGCUCUGGGGCCUGGGGGCAGCAUAGGAGAGAGCUCUUUACCAAAGUUGAUGAGACCCAGCGGGAUCCUUUGGGAGCCCGAAAGAAGGCCUUUCCUCCUCCUCGCCCUCCUCCUCCCAACUGGGAGAAGUACAGGCUAUUCCGGGCAACCCAGCAGCAGCAGCAACAGAAGCAGCAACAAGAGGAGGAGGAAGAGGAGGAAGAAGAGGGAGAAGAGGAGGAAGAGGAAGAAGGGGGAGAGGAGGAAGGGGAGGAGGAGGAGCUGCCCCCCCAGUAUUUCAGUUCAGAAACCACUGGUAGCACUGCCCUCCAUCCUGAAGAGGUCCUGGAGCAGCCACAACCCUUGGGCUUUGGCCACUUGGAGGCUUCAAAGCAGAGCUCACAGAACCACCCAACAGAACAAGAGUCCUCUGGUCUCCACCCCAGCGAUUUCCUGCCUCCGGUGAGGGGCCACUUGGGAUCUCAACCUGAGAAGACUCAGCCCCCUUGCUGUUACAGUACAGGUGGGCUUUGGAGGACAUCAGAGAAGGAAAUUGCCAACUCCCCCAAACCAGAAGCCUCGAUGGCAGAAGAGUCCAAACCCAAGCCAGCGUGGAGCCAGAGCUACUUCUUCCCUGAGGAGCAGUUCUCUUUCAUGGGCUGGGGCUCUGAGAAGCAGCACCUCAGCCCCACGGGCUUCAGUGAACCCAAGACAACAGGACAAGAAUUUCAGCACUUCUCACCUCCUCUGGGGGCCCCAGGUAUGCCUACCUCUUACUCAGCCUAUUACAAUAUUUCUGUGGCCAAGGCAGAACUGUUGAACAAGUUGAAAGACCAACCCGAAAUGGCAGAGAUUGGCCUGGAAGAGGAAGAAGUUGACCAUGAACUGGCUCAAAAAAAGAUACAGCUUAUUGAGAGCAUCAGUAGAAAACUUUCUGUCCUGCGGGAGGCCCAGCGAGGACUGCUAGAGGACAUCAGUGCCAAUUCUGCCCUUGGAGAGGAGGUGGAAGCCAACCUAAAAGCGGUCUGUAAAUCCAAUGAGUUUGAAAAAUACCGUUUGUUUAUUGGGGACCUGGACAAAGUGGUCAACCUGUUGCUGUCCCUCUCUGGACGACUGGCCCGGGUGGAGAAUGCUCUCAACAGCAUCGAUUCAGAGGCCAACCAGGAGAAGUUGGUGCUGAUAGAGAAGAAGCAGCAGCUGACAGGGCAGUUGGCAGAUGCCAAGGAGCUGAAGGAGCAUGUGGACAGCCGGGAGAAGCUGGUGUUUGGCAUGGUCUCCCGCUACCUGCCUCAGGACCAGCUCCAAGACUACCAGCAUUUUGUGAAGAUGAAAUCUGCUCUCAUCAUCGAACAGCGAGAGCUGGAAGAGAAGAUCAAGCUUGGGGAAGAGCAGCUCAAAUGUCUCAGGGAGAGCCUACUCCUGGGGCCCAGCAAUUUCUAAUCCACCAGUAGACUGAUAUGCCAUCCCUGCCCAGACACAACGGGAAGUGCUUUCAACCUUUGUUAGCAGUUUGUUAGCAAGUAGAUAGCAGUUAGUUAGCAGUUUGUUCCAUAGCCUCUACCUUGGACAUCUGUCAUUGCCCCUCACCUAGCAAUGCCCCCACCCAGCUAGGACUCCCUGAGGAGGCCCCAAACUUCUACCCUAGGGAGAAGCAAGAAGCAGAAGUGCCUGCAGCAAGGUGUGAUUAUACAACCACACUCUCCUUCCCACAGUUUGCAUAGGCAAGUACUCACUGCACACAGAACCAAAAAAAGGUCUUCAUUCUUCUUGGUACCAGGACUCCACCACCCAUCCACACCACAAUCAGCCUCUCGAGGCUCAGAGAGAAUCUGCCUGUGUAGCUCCAUCCUGCCCAAGGUUCAUUGCCCAGCCAUUUCCCACAGAGAUCUGAAUGUCUUGAAGGUAUCACUCACCAGCAAUUUAAGGGCCUCAUGUAAGCUUUGCAGUGGGAAGCACAGAAGAAGAAAUAACAUGAAACAGAAUGUAAGCAAAGACUGGGAACCCCUAGGUGCCCCCGCAGAAGCUAGGCUUACACGAAUCAGCUCCAUUUCCACCUUCCCCAGCAGCUGAUUGAGGGGGAAGGAGGCCUACUCUCUGCCCUGGCUAGUGUGGCCUUCCUCCUGUCCUGAGACUUUUGGCCUACCACAUUCUGUCCCUUCCUACCUUUCCUUGCUGGGGGUUAUAGGUGCCUACCCUAAGGUCUUCACGCUCUGGGCCAUUAAGAGCUCCACUAAAGCUGACUUCUGGAUACACAUUUCAUUAUUGAGGAAGGGGUUCUUUGUUGUAUUUUAAAUGACCUUUUGAUUUUAUUUAUUUUUAUGUUUUGAUUUUUUUUUUUUCAUUUUUGUUAACUAAGAAGGUGAGAAAAGGGGAAUCGGAGAGGGAAAAGUAAUCCCAGAAGGAAGGUGUUUUCUGUAGAUCAGCCUGAAUUUCACUGAGGUUAGAUGAGCAAAAGCCAAAGCCUCAAAUUCUUCACCCCUGCCAACCCCGCGAGAGCCAAAGUCUUGAAUUCUUUCCCUGAAGUUUACAAGGGUCUACGAAAGGAGUUUUCACCUUGAACUCAGCUUACUUUGGCCUGGUCCUAUACUUUCCUUGACAUCAGGAUAACCAUAAGCUUAGCAUUCCCCAACAGGUUUAAGUUUUAAGGGUUUACCCAUUUCUCUACCACCUCCCAUCUAAGAAAUUGGGUAGCAGAGAGUUCAGGAGAUCUUCCAUCUCACAUUUGCUUUUUCCAGCCUCUGGCCUGACCCAGGGAACUGAAAUUCAUGGUAGCUAGAAGCUCCAGUCAGGGCCACCCCUUCAUCAACCACCCCCCCAACCCACAACCCACCCCUCCACCCCUGCCCAGAGCAACUUACGACCUAGCCAGGAUCUUAGGCACACAAACAAUGAACGCUGCUAUUGUUGCCAAGGUCCUGUCCUAGAAAAUUGGAAAAUCCCUCAGGUGGGCGACAGCAGGAAAGGAGCUGUGACCAAACUCUAGCCUAUUAUCCAGCUCCAUUCCCUCUUCCUCGCUCACUGGAGCCCCUGGUUCAUGUUGCACAGCCCUGCCCAGUUAAGCCCUGACAUCUCUUCUAGUUACUGCUGAGUUUCCCAGGGUCCUUGGAGGUGAACUGUAGCAGCAGGGAUGCCUCAUUCAGCCAAAGAAUUUGCCAAAGAACUUUGCUGCUGCUACAAAUACUGCUCUCUAGCUUCCAUUUCCUCUUCAUUGUAUUUGGAAACAAUGGAAGAAUAUUGGCCAGCUGUGUGUCCUGAGGGGGUCUCUUGGUAUGCUCUUAAGUGAACUGCUGCUAUCAGAACCACUGUUAAAAUGUCAACCUGCCAUUCUCCCCUCAAGUGGAGGAAUCUAUGCUAUUCAGGAAGGCUGAUGGCUUGUAAAGGGCUAGGCUUACCCAAGCCAAGGUUGAGGAAGGUGGGGGAGUGCUAUGAAUAGAGGCUGCUGUUGUCAUCUUUUUUUUUUUUUUUUCUUAAACAGGCUCUAGGAUAAAUAAGGAGUAAAUUGAGAUAUCCUGUAUGGGGGCGGGGGUGGUUUGAGGCCAACAUAAUCUAUCAUUCUAAGAUUUGGGGUGGUGCUAAAACAGCUUUUUGGAAACACAGGCACAGGGAAGAGUACCUGGACACAAAGACCACAUUCUGGGUUUUCCUAGUCAGCAUUAGAUUGGUUGUGUAUUAAAUUUAUCACUCUAUAAGUACUAUUGACUAUGUUAUUUUUGUCCCUCAUCCCACCUGAGAUUAGAGUUGGAAUCAGAACAAAAGGAUGCUCAUUUUCACCAGAAGGAUGGUUUCUAAAGCACUUAAUAAAAUAAGCCCUAUACUGAGCAGUGAAGCUUGGCAGACAAAAGUCUGCUACUAAACAGGAACUAAUGCCCCAAGCUACAGAUGUGAAUGAUGGUACUUCAGAGCUGCCAGUAUUAUUUGAGAUACAGUGCCUCUCCCCUGUUCUCAUUUCCUGGGCUCAGCCCUCUGGCAAGGUCUGAGGUGUGUAGCAGUGUGGAAGGUGGGCCAGAGGAUUUCCCCAAAGAGAGUUAUUGGUCCUGACUUCUAUCCUCUCUCUUCAAAUACUCACACAGGCCCCAGUGGGUAAUAGGUUGAUAGAGAGGAAUCUGUGCAAGGGUUACUAUUGCUUGUCCCUUCUUAUUCCCCUACCCCAACCCCGGGCUCUGGGUCGUUAAGUCUCCUUGAGUCCCACCAGCUACAGACUCAGCCAGGGCUUAGUGGUAAGUGCUCAAGGGGAACCCAAGAGAGACAGACACACUAAAAACAAGACCCCAGAAAGGAAGAGACAAUGCAGAGGAACUAAGAGGAUAAAAGAUGAAAAAGACUUUUUCAAAUCCAGGAUCAGGCUCUGUUUUCCAUUUAGCCCCCUGUGUCAGAAAGCUUCCCUGGGGGAACCACAACCACAGCCUGAACCCCAGUCUCCCUGACAGUGCUGCUCUGCCCAUAGCAAGUCCCAGAUGGAGGAAGCUGAGCACAUUUCUGGCUACUUCCUUUGUUUGGAGCUUGGUGACUCCCAUUGUCUUUGGCAAAGGAGUUGUCUAUGCCAGUAACAGUUCUGUAACAGUGUAUUAUAGUCUUUGAAGAUUAGUAGAUCUUUAGAGGGGGGUGGGGCAGGGGGCAAUUUCUAUCGAUUAAGAACCAGUGUUUGUUGUACAGCUGUUGGGGGUCACCUAUGCCAUGUAAAGCUAUUAUUUUUCUGAAUCUAAUUGUUUCUGCGAUUGUGUCCUCCACCACUCCUGUCUUGGCUGACAUUGAUAUGCCUGCCAGAUUGUCAUCAAGGGUUAUACUUCAAUAAAGGGUGCUAAGGACAAAAAAAAAAAUAAGAUUAUCUCAAGUGUUUUGACUGAGGUGAUGGAAAUUCUCUAAUAUUCUACUGAAAAAUAAUGGAAAGGAAUUUGGUUACCUAUCUAUAAUCCUUCAUAUGUAACCAUCUGACCUGAGCCUUACCCACAUCCCUACUCUUACCCUGAUCCCUGAGGGAUAGCACUGAUGAUAUACUAUUCGUUAACCCCAGUAAAAUAAUUUAGAAUUCAGGAAGAGUAAACAAUAGGUGUAAUCUUAAGGUAGACCUUAGCAGUACAGAGUCCAGUUCUGGAGUCUAGCCUGAACAGAGAGGUGGGGCACUUUCUAGACCACCUCCAGCUAUGUGUUCUGUUUACUAGCAUCAUCUUCUACCUUAUAGUCCAGUCUCACACUUUGCCUCUCAGCAACCUGAAGAGCACAGUUCUCACUGAUCCACUCUCCAAGAUAACCUCAAGGUUUAGACCCAAAUGCACUUCAGGCAGCACCUCUGACCCUGAACUCUUUCCCUCAGUAUAUACAUCAUUUUUAUCCCAAGUGAUCUCUUCCUAUUCCAGAUUGCCAGUGUGAUAGAAUGGGAAGUGUCCAGCUUUGGCAUUAACAUGAAGAGUUUGCAAGUCCUGGUUUUGCCACUUACUCUGUGAACCUAUAGUAUAUGCUCAAUUUUAGAGUUUAUUUUCUUAUAUAUAAAAUGGGAAUAAUAAUGUAUAUCUUGCAUAGUUGCGGCUUAAUAAAUGAAAGCUACCAGCUGUCUACUGAGAAGCUGUUAGAAAGGCAGGAUCCUGCCUCUACCCCAAACCCACCAACAACAGUUUGCAUUUUAACUAGAUUUCCAGAAAAUUUAUAUGCAUCUUAAAGUUUGAGAAGCAUUAACCUAUCAUAAAAAUGCUCAGUACAUAGUAACCUAUUAGUCUAGUCCUGAUUUAUCUAAUUCUUUAUUUUGUAAUCCCAAGCAUAUUACUGAUCUUCUCAUAUUGCUCACAACUACCUGCCCAAAUGAGUUCAACAAGACUGCCUGAUAUAAGGUUGAUACAUAAAAUCAUUUGUAUCUCUACACACUAAUAAUCAACUAUCUGGAAACAAAAUUAAGAAAACAAUUCCAUUUACAAUAGCAUCAAUAAGAACAUAACACUCAGGAAUACAUUUAACAAAAGAAAUAUAAGAAUUUUAUACUGAAACUAUAAAACGUUGAAAGAAAUUAAAUAAAAUCUAAAAGAUUAUUUAGACUAAAAUCUAAAUCUAGUAGUUAGAUGACAGUAUUCCCCAAAUUGAUCUACACAUUCAACCCAAUCUUUAUAAGAAUACUGGCUGUCUUUUCUGCAGAAAUUGAAAAGUCGAACUUAAAAUUCAUAUGAAAUUGCAAGGAACACAAAAUAGUCAUAACAGUCUUUAAAAAGCAAAAAGAUGGACAGUUCACACUUCUCAAUUUCGAAAUUUAUUACAAAGCUACAGUAAUCAAGACAGUGUGGUACACAUACAAAGACAGACAUGUAAAUAAACAGAUUACUAUUUAAAGUACAGAAAAAAGACCUCAGGGGCACCUGGGUGGCUCAGGUGUUUAAGCGUCUGUCUUUAGCUUAGGUCGUGAUACCAGGGUUCCAGGACUGAGUCCCACAUCAGGCUCCUUGCUUGGCAGGGAGCCUGCAUCACACUCUACCUGCUGUUCCCCCUGCUUGUGCUCUUUCUCUCACUGUCAAAUAAAUAAAUAAAAUAUUGGGGGAAAAAAAGAGGCCCUCAUAUUUAGGAUCUGAUAAUUUUUGGUCAAGGUGCCAAGACAUUAAAAAAUAGAGAAAGAAUAGUUUUUCAACUAAUGAUGUGGGGACAAAUGGGUAUCCACACAGAAAAAAAUGAAGUUGGACUCCUUCCCUUCACCACACACAAAAAUUAACUAAAAAGGGACUAUAAACCUAAAUGUAAGAAUUACAUUUAUUAAAAAAAACUUACAAAAUGCUUAAAAGAAAGCAUAGGAGUAAAUCAUCUUGAAAUUGUGUUAGGCAAGAUUACUCAGAACUCCAAAAGCACAAGUGGCUAAAGAAAAUAUGAAUAAAUUAGAGCCUAUCAAAGUUAAAAACUUCUGUGCUGCAAACAAUAUCACCAAGAAAGUGAAAAAAUAAUCUGCAUAAUCAGAAAACUAUUCACAUAUCACAUAUUUAAUAUUAGUCUUUUAUCCAUAAUAUAUAAAGAACUGAUACAACUCAAUAAUAAAAAGUAAAAAAUGGGCAAAGAAUCAGAAUAGACAUUUUUCCAAAGAAUAUAUGCAAUGGAUAAUAAGCACAGGCAAAGAUACUCAACAUUAAAGAAAUAUGAAACAACAGUGAGAUACCACUUCAUACACUAUGAUGGGUAAUGAUCAAAAAGAUAGUAACAAGAGUUGGUGAGAAUACAGAGAAAUUGAAAUACUCAUACAUUGCUGGUGAAAUGUAAAAUGGUGUGGUCACAUUGAAAAACAGGCAUUCAACACAGGCAGUAACCUCUUUGAUACCAGCCAUAGCAACUUUUUUUUUUUUAGAUAUAUCUCCUCAAACAAGGGAAACAAAAGCAAAAAUAAACUAUUGGGACUACAUCAAAAUGAAAAACUUCUGCUCAGCAAAGGAAACAAUCAAAAAACUAAAAGGCAACCUACAGAAUGAGAGAAGAUAUUUGCACAUGACAUAUCUGAUAAAGGGUUAAUAUCCAAAAUUUAUAAGGACUUGAUAGAACUCAACACCCAAAAAAACAAAUAAUCCAAUUAAAAAAUGACAUGAAUAGACAUUUCUCCAAAGAAGACAUACAGAUGGCCAACAGACACAUGAAAAGAUGUUCUAUGUCAUUGAUCAUCAGGGAAAUACAAACCAAAUCUACAGUGAGACAUCACCUCACCCCUGUCAGAAUGGCUAAAAUCAACAACACAAGAAACAACAGAUGCUGGCAAGGAUGUGGAGAAAGGGGAACCCUCUUGCACUGUUGGUGGGAAGGAAAACUGGUGCAGCCACUGUGGAAAAUCAUAUGGAGGCUCCUCAAAAAGUUAAAAAUAGAACUACCCUACCAUCCGGCAAUUGAACUAGUAGGUAUUUAUCCAAAGAAUACAAAAACAUUAAUUCAAAGGUAUACAUGCCCCCUGAUGUUUAUAGCAGCAUAAUUUAUAAUAGCCAAGAUAUGGAAAUGUCCCAGGUGUCCCUUGAUUGAUGAAUGGGUAAAGUGGUGCUUACUAUAUACAAUGGAAUAUUACACUGCCAAAAAAAGAAUGAAAUUUUGCCAUUUGCAAUGACAUUGCUAGAACCAGAGAGUAUAAUGCUAAGUGAAAAAGUCAGAGAAAGACAAAUGCCAUGUGAUUUCACUCAUAUGUGGAAUUUAAGAAACAAAACAAAUGAGAAAAGGGUGGGACAAGAGAGAGGGAGGGGAAACCAAAAAACACUCUUAACUAUAGAGAACAAACAGAUGGUUACCAGAGGGGAUUGUACUGAAGUGUUGAAUCACUGUAUUGCACACCGGAGACUAAUAUAAAACUGUAUGUUAACUAACUGGAAUUAUAAUAAAAACUUAAAAAAAAGAUAAAACAUAGCAUGAAAAAAAACACACGUACACAAAUGUUCAAAGAGUCAUUACUUAUAAUAACUGAAAAGUGAAAACAACCUAAAUGUCCAUCAAUGAAGAAUGGAUAAACUUUGGUCUAGCCAUACAACAGAUUAUUAUUCAGCCAUAAAAAGGGAUGAAGUACUGAUACAUACUGCAACAUGGUUGAAUCCUGAAAACAUUAUGCUGAGUGAAAUAAAUCACAAAAGACCACAUAUUGUUGAUUCCAUUGAUAGGUAAAGCCUAGAAUAAGCAAAUCUAUAAAAACAGAAAGCAGAUUAAUGCUUGCCAAGGGCUUGAGAGCUGGGGAGGAUGAGCAGUGGCUGCUAAUGGGCAUGGGGUUUCUUUUUGGAGUGAUAGACAUAUUCUAAAAUUAGAUUGUAAUCAUCAUUGCCCAACUCUGUAAUUGUACCAUAAACCACUGAACUGUAUACUUUAAAUGGGUGAGCUGUAUGAUAUAUGAUUUCUCAAUAAAGGUGUUAAAAAUAA